UUCCACAGUUGUGUUGCAAGUGUGCGCCAGUGCGGUCGGCAUUCUCUACGUCUCCCGUAUUAUUUGAAUUUCUCGUUUCUCCUUUUUUUUUCUCUCUCUCUCUGUCUCUCCCUCCAAAGGCACACACACACACACACAGACAGACAUUCCAUUGAAAAACUAAAAAAGGCAAUCCCCUUUUUUCUCGUUCGUGUUACCUUACGUGUGGUGCUUAUAGAAUUCUCAUCGGUUUUUUCUUUUCGUCAUUUGAAUUCUUCACACUGUCAUACCUUUGUUGAGAUUUUUCGGCCGUUUGGACACACGUGUGGCUCGUUGGUUCAUCAAGUGAUUGAAACGCUCGACUCUACGUCCAUCUGAGAAAAUGGAAUAAAAAAUCGGAUUUUCGCUUAGUGGCCAACAAGAGGAAGAAUUUCAAACGUUUCACUCCCGAAAUUUGUUUGUUUUCUGCUCAUCACCAUGGGUGCAUCGGCAAGUUUGCGGCCUUGAUCGAACCGAUUCUAGAAAAAAGCCCAUCGUCAUUCUGGUCUCAAACGGCUGACAAAUAACAACAGGAGCAGCAAGAAUUCAACCCAAGCGCAUUUGAAUUCGUUGUGCCGCGUCAUCUCCAACGCGUCCAUCCCUUCCAUUUUCCCCUUCGCAUCAAUUCAGAAGGCAGCAGCCGAAGAGAAACAGAAGAAGAACGGCGUCGUCCAGUAGUUUGUACACGUUUCGACGACUAGGAGGAGCGAGCAGCGAGCAAGAAAUGUCUCGCUUUAGUGAAGUGGGUUCCAUGGCGCCUCACGGUGGCCGCAAAUUGCUCAAGUUUCUGAUCCUCUUUGAAAAUUCGUCGCUCCUCUUUUUCCCUGGACAAUUUCUCAGCGGCCGCGUCCUCGUCGAAUUGGAGGAUGAAACGCCUGUCCUAGGUUUGUUCUUUCAUGUCGUCGGUGAGGGAGUGGUCAGAUUGUUGAAGAAUGGCCGGCAGCACAUCAGCGACCGCGAAAACUACAUCGAUUUCCGUAUGCGACUUCUAGGCGAGCCAGGACAAGGACCUGUUCUGCUUUCACCUGGAAUCCACAGUUUCCCCUUCAAACUUGGAUUGCCGCUAGGUCUGCCGUCCACCUUCCUCGGUAAACACGGAUGGGUCCAGUAUUAUUGCAAAGCGGCGUUCCGCGAGCCCGCCGGUCUUCUGCACAAGAACCAACAGGUGUUCAUCGUGAUGAAUCCCAUCGAUCUGAACUUGGAACCGCCCAUACUAGCUCAACCUUUCCAUUGUGAGAUCGAGCACCGAUUGGGAUUGAACUGCUUCACUUCGGGUCCCGUGUCGUGCCGCGUGCGUCUGGAUCGCGGCGGUUACGUCCCCGGCGAAACGAUCGGCAUCUGGGCCUCGGUUCACAAUCAGAGUCGCGUCACCAUUAAACGGACCAAAGCCUCGUUAACAGAGACUAUUCAAUACAUGGCGAAAAACCGAGUGGUGCAAACGGAAACUCGAGAACUGGCCUCAUUGAACCGAGGCAAAAUCAAGGCCGGUGAGACGGACGACUGGAGAAACGAGCAGCUGUACGUUCCACCUUUGCCGCCGACCAAUUUGAGAGGCUGCCACAUCAUCCGGAUACAAUACGACGUCUUUUUUCAAAUCGAGCCGCACAGCAUGGAGAAGCCCAUCAAAUUGCAGCUACCCAUCAUGUUGGCCACGUACCCGCUGCGAAGCGAUGACGGCACGUUGAGGAGGAAACGAGGCGCCCACUACCCAUCCACUCUGCCCAUCUUCCGCCCUUGGCUUGAUGAGAAAACAUUUGAUUGACGGCCAUGCACGUGACCGGCGCGAGCCGACACACACAAAACUCUUGUAUCAAAAGUGUUUUUUUUUUUUCUGUUUUUUUUUGUUUUCAAACAUUAAGUGAAAAGAGGCAAAAAGGGGCAGCAACGUAACGAGAACAAGACAACAAAUCAACUUGAAGGUACCCGGGAAAAAAUAAAAAGGAGAACCACAAAAAAAAAUUAAAUAAAAAAAAAAUAAAUAAAUAAAAAGGAAAACAUGAAAUAUGAAUAUUAUAAAUAUAUAGUAUAAGCCAACUGAUGUGUACGAUGUCGUGUAGCAGCUGACCUUUUCAUCUCGAAUGAGAUUCAAACGAAAUUGCUUCCCAAAAAAAAAGAAAGAAGAAGAAGAACAAAACAAAAACUGGAAAAUGAUUAGGAAACGAGGAGAAGGCGUGAAGUGUACGACGAUGCAAGUAAGAAAAAGAAAAGACAUCUCCCGUUAUGUUUAAUUGUAUAUUCCGCCUACACCGUGUCAUCCAAUAAUAUCCACUGAGCAGCUUCUUCGUUUUGGUUUUUGCUUUCGUUUCUUGAUUUGUUUUCCCGUCUAUUUUUUGUUGCUUCAAUUUCGCCCUCACUAAAAACGAUUUAAUUACUUUCCAAAAAUAAUAUCAAAUGAAAAUGAAUAGAAAAAUUCCUAUUUCUUCGUCCGUCUACUGGCCAGUUGUGUGCAGCGCAAAUUGUUUUUGAAUUGCAACAGCCACGACGAAAUGAUGCGCUUUUUCAUCGCUAUCCAUUUUUUUUUUUCUAAAAUCUUUUUUUUUUUCCCCUUCUUUUGCCCAUUUUUGGCGAUCGCUCAUUUCGUUUAUUAAUAACACGUGAACUCCACUUGCACUGUCAGACAUGUUUUCGCCUCGUCAUCAUUUUUGUUUUUUUUCUUCGUAAUUUCAAGUUUAUUGCUUUCAUUCUUUUCUUUUUGCCCUUUUAUAUCCUUAAUUUUUAUGAGUGUGUGCACAAAAGGAACCUCCCCUCGUAUUAUUAUACAUAUUAUGCAACUAUUUUUUACCUGCCGCCUGCUCUGCUGUUGCCCUUUUUUCGUAUUUGGCGGUAUAAACCACGUCACGUCUUCCUUCCCUAUCUUUGUUUUGUUUGGGUUUUUUUCUUUGUUGGCAGUCUCCCGAUUAUUAGACAUCACCAGUCCCGCAUUUCUUAUUGCCUUUUCUUGUAUGUUAAUCAAAUAUGGAGACGACCUCCUCCUGUGCCUUGCAUUAUAACUUUGAGAAACAGUUGGCUCAUUGGCCUCCAUCUUUGCAAGAUUUGUCAAAAUUGUUUGCAACUUUUUUGGAUGUGUGCGAGCGCACAAAAAAACAACAACAACAGAAUCAUUCACGUAUGCAAAUAAGACUUGUGUGUAACAUUUCCUAAUUCGAAAUGCAUUUUUAUUUCUCCCCUUU